CGUUCCAUAUCACCACCGACAAUAAGAAUUACUUAUUAAUUAAGAAAUUAAAUAAUCUACUAAAUGCGCAAAACUGUUCUCUUUUUCCAUGUAAAAUGCUUGCGCAAUUAUAUUUAGCUUCAUUAUGAAAACAGUAAUUAGUAAUCAACUUCAGUUAAUGAUAACAAAGGAGGAGACGAGAGAAAGAGAAUAGAACGCGUCUCCUAUUUUCUCCUCUCAUUUAUCAGAAGCUUGAAAGCAGCAGCUACAUCCUGCUAUUACUAGUAGUUGCUACUUGCUACUCACACUCUGUUACUAGUAUCCAAAUUGAGAGACGCCCAAAAAGCCAAAGCAAGAAGUCAGACAGCAAGAAACCCACAAUUCCCCUCCGGCUCUCACUCAGAUCUGAGAUCUAAAUCUAUAUUCCCACUCACUGGUCAGCCAUUGAUUUCUGGUUCUCCAAUCCCACUUUUCCCAUCUCCUUCUUCUUCUUCGUUUCAAUGACCCCAGCCUGAUCUCUUUCUUAACUAUUUGUUCUGUGCUUCGUAAAGGGCUGUUGAUUAGAGCUGCUUCGCUUCUUGAUUGAUUGCUUCAUCGUCCAUCAUCAAUCAUGUCGAGGAGGCAAGUAGGCUCCGGCAGGCGAUUCGUCGACUCCGGCAACUUCCCCUUCGCUUCCGCUCUCCAUCACAAGUCCCGCUCUUCUCCUUUACUCUCCAUCGGUCUAGUCGUCUUGGGUGCUUUGCUUCUCAUCGCCUAUGCUUAUGGCGGUCCAGGUUUGUUCAGGGGUAACAAGGAUGUCAGUAGGAUUGAAGGCGACUAUACGUGUACAGCAGAAGUCGUGAGAGCUAUACCAUUCCUGAAGAAAGCAUAUGGAGACAACAUGCGUAAAAUUUUGCAUGUAGGUCCUGAUACUUGUGCUGUUGUUUCCACAUUGUUGAAAGAAGAAGAAACUGAAGCUUGGGGGUUGGAGCCAUACGACAUCGAGGAUGCAGAUGCAACCUGCAAAAAUCUUGUUCGGAGGGGACUUGCUCGUGUUGCUGAUAUCAAAUUCCCUCUACCCUACAGGGCAAAGUCAUUCUCACUCGUUAUUGUGUCGGAUGCUCUUGAUUACCUUUCACCAAAGUACCUGAACAGGACUCUUCCUGAACUGGCUAGGGUUGCUUCAGAUGGUCUCGUUAUCUUUACAGGUUAUCCUGGCCAACAGAGAGCUAAAGUUGCAGAACUGUCCAAAUUUGGACGGCCGCCCAAAAUGAGGAGCUCCUCUUGGUGGAUUCGCUAUUUUGUUCAAACAAGUUUAGAAGAAAAUGAAGUUGCUCAAAAGAAGUUUGAUCAGGCAGCACUGAAGAGGUCGUACAAGCCAAACUGUCAAGUAUUCCACCUCAACCCAUACCAUUAAACGUCAAGGGACACGAUGAGAACCAGCCUAUAGGCCACUGUUAUCUCAGUUUUCGGUUCCCUCGCACUUGAGCUCAAAGAUAUCUAUUACUCCCACACGCACACAAGCCAAGCCCAUUCUCUUACCUUGUUAGCUAAAUGCCUAAAUCACAUGAAAAAAAAAAAAAAUGUUCUUACAUUAUGUUGUAUCAUUUUUAACAUUCAAACAAUCAAUACCUUAUUAAUCCAUGUCAAGUUUGUUGAUUGAUAGCAGUCGACUUCUCCGUUUUGGAUUCAGCUUCCCCAACGAGGUGGAUAUAUUGUUUGAUUGACUAAUAGUGAAAGAAAUCGUGUUCUAGCCUCUUAGGGGUCGUUUGGAAGUUGCGAUUGUUAAAUAGAUGUAUUGUUGAGAAUGUAUGUAUGAUAUUAUACAUGUAUUGUCGAAUUUGAUGCAUUGUAGAAUACAAUGUUUGGUAUGUG